GAGCAAAAAUCCCGACGAGUGGCCGGACCUAACGUUUGGCGACAUUUACCUAUAUCUGAUCGAUACGCCAUCCAUUUUCACCAAAGAAUCGAUGAAAGCCUACAAAUCGUUGGAAGCAUACAAGUAUGUUUUAAGUGGACAUGUACAGGAGGUAUUGUCACACCAAAUUGAUCCAAGCUGCCCCUACAUUGCUCUGAAGACCAAGGUUACUCCAUCCCAGAGAAUACGAGACAAACCACAUGAACCAUGGGUUUAUUUAGAGAAAUCUAGUGGAACUGUCUACUGUGCACAUUGUACAUGCAUGGCUGGGCUUGGAGAAGUAUGCAGCCAUGUGGCGGCACUUUUGUUCAAAGUGGAGAUGGCUGUAAAGAUGGGACUGACCCAAUCAAGCUCCACAAGUAAAGCCUGUCAGUGGAAUAGCUCUUUUCGAAAAGAGGUAACCCCAGCCACCAUCUCUGGAAUAUUCAGUGAAAUUAAAGGAAGACGUACUAAGGAAAUAGAUUCUGUUCAUGCACAUGGUACAGCCCAACUUCCUCCACAAAGUGUUCUGGAUAGCCUUUAUUCCAUUGCACCCAAUGCAGCUUUCUUCACCUCUGUUAACGUGUUGUCACCAAUUGCAAACGCUGAUCUUGUGGGGAGAGAGACAAAAUACCCUCAACUUCUUUCAACGCUACAACAAGAAUUUCAAGAAGAUUCGAUAACAGAACUUUGUGCUGAAGUGUUAAAGAACUAUUCGGUGUCCUCUGCACAAGCCAGCAACUUGGAAUAUGCGACAAGGAACCAGUCUAUCAGUCCACUGUGGUACCAACACCGGACAGGGAGGAUUACUGCUUCCAAAGCCCAUGAUGUUCUCGUUAGACAACCAACAACCAAUCCUGACACUCUUGUAAAGAGAAUAGUAGGAUACAAGGUGUAUGACCUCUCCAAAAGUGCUGCUGUCAAGUGGGGAACUGAGACAGAAGAUGAAUGCAGACAAGCCUACAGUCUUCACCAGAAAGCAGGACAUAUAAAUUUCACCUGUAGGUUAUCAGGGUUUGUGAUUGACCCAAACCAUCCAUUCCUCGGAGCCAGCCCUGAUGGAGCUGUGAACUGUGAUUGUUGUGGCAAUGGAACUUUAGAAAUCAAGUGUCCCUUUAAACAUAGGGAUGUUGCUGUUGAGGAAGCAGCCAUCAUAGAUAAGGAUUUUUGCCUUGAUGCUACUCUACAUCUUAAGGAAAACCAUAGAUACUACACCCAAGUUCAAAUGCAGAUGUUUUUAACAAAGAGUCAGUAUUGUGACUUUGUAGUAUUCACUAAGAGUGAGCCAGCAAGCAUGUGUAUUAUUCGCAUUACACUUGAUGAAAAGUUCUGUGAAAACCUCAUAAACAAAUGUGAGAAGUUUAUCAAAGACCAUGUUGUCCAUGAACUUAUAACUCGUCAGUUAGAAAAUGAACCUGUUGUCAACCAAGAACUGGAUAUUAAUGAAAAAAAAACCUGGUGCAUUUGUAAUGAACCUGAAUAUGGACGAAUGAUUAAAUGUGAUGGUGAGUUAUGUCCGUACGAAUGGUUCCACUAUAAAUGUGUGAACAUUCGACGAAAACCCCGUGGUCAGUGGUUUUGUGCAAGUUGUGAACCAUGAUGAGUCACUGAGAACAGCAUGAAUCUAUUGCAAACUGGAUCUUUAGCUCAAAU